AUGAGUUUAUUCCACAUCAAAUUGAAUCGAAGCAAGAUUGGCCCACAGGUUGAUCCUGGAAACUUUGUAUUCAUUAUUUCGAGGUUCGCGGAGAGCUUGGAAUCAGGCAUGGACGAACCGAUGCCUGGCACUCAUCCUUCGGAAGAUGAGGCCUUCAUUCGCUUUCCCAGCCGCCGGAGUGUAGUACAUAGUACUAGAGGCAUCGUGAGCACAAGUUCACCCCUCGCAACGGAAGCUGGCCUUCAAAUCCUGAGGGAGCGGGGCAAUGCCGCAGAUGCAGCCAUAGGCGCAGCGGCGGCGCUGAACCUUGUUGAUCCAUCAAUGACUGGUAUUGGAGGAGACGCGUUCUGUCUUUUCUACGAAGCCAAGACUCAAAAGGUCCACGCGCUAAAUGGGUCGGGAAGGUCGCCGGCGAACGCAAACGUGGAUGAUAUCUGCAGAGAAUUGAAUAUCACGGAACGAAACUCUGGAUCAAUUCCAAACACAUCGAUCCACUCUGUCACUGUACCUGGUGCCGCAGCUGCUUGGCUUGAUAUCAUCGACAAGUACGGCUCUGGCGAGUUGACGGCUUCACAGGUCCUUGCACCUGCCAUUCGAAUGGCUAAUGAGGGUGUGGCUAUCAGUGAAAUAUCGAGCUACAAUUGGCAAAAGUCAGAAAAGGAACUGCAGAGCAAGGUUGUUGAUGAGGGACUGCUCAAGUACGAUCCAUCUUGUCCUGGGCACUAUCGAGCUCCUAGAACAGGAGAAAUUAUCAAGAACAGGUCUUUGGCGAGAACAUUCGAACUUCUUGCUGAACAUGGGAAGAGUGGCUUCUACGAAGGGCCAGUCGCGGAGGCGAUCAUAGAAAUCAGCCAAAAGUACGGCGGCUACCUAACUCUUGAUGACCUCAAGAGUCACUCCAGUGAGGCGGUAGAGCCCGUCUCGAUUCGACUCGACCUGCUAUCCAACAAAGAUUCUGUAGAUUUGUGGGAGCACCCGCCCAACGGCCAGGGAAUAGUGGCUCAGAUGGCCCUUGGUGUCCUUGCCGAGCUGGAGAAAGAUGGCAAGAUCCCGCAUUUCACAGGUGCGGAUCACAAUUCCUCGAAGUAUCUUCACGCCAUCAUCCAAGCAUUACGCAUUGCUUUUGCAGACGGCAGCUGGUACAUAACGGACCCUGCACACACCGUCCAUCCAAGCUACCUAGUCUCUUCGUCGUAUCUGGCUCAACGUGCCAAACUGUUUGAUCCGGCUAGGUCUACAGAUAUCGCAGAUCCUGGAGAUCUGAGCGGGAUGCACAAGACCAGCGACACAGUCUACCUCUGCGUUACAGACGAGGAGGGAAAUGCUUGUUCACUUGUCAACAGUGUUGCGGACAACUUUGGCAGCCGCAUCAUCCCUCCAGGCACUGGUUUCGUUCUUCAGAACCGUGGAUCUGGUUUUCACCUUGGGCCUGACCACCAUCCUAACCUCUAUGCGCCAGGCAAAAGACCUUACAAUACAAUAAUUCCAGCGAUGGUGACGAAUGCAUCUGAUGGGUCUCUUCAUAGUGUCUUUGGCGUGAUGGGUGGUGCCAUGCAGCCGCAAGGUCACGUUCAGGUUUUGAUGAACAUGCUCAGGUUCGGUAUGAGCCCUCAGGUGGCGCUUGAUGCGCCCAGGAUUUGCAUCGGGGUCAGCCUACCUGGGAAGUCAACUGACCCAAGCAAGACCGUUGACAGGACAGUGUAUAUUGAGGAAGGAGUAGGUGGGAAUGUGGUUCGCGAGCUACAGGAGAUGGGGCAUGAGGUCAAGAUUGUGAGAAGCAUGGAGCGAUCGCUGUUCGGGCGAGGGCAGAUUGUCCGCGUCCAUCGAGACCCGGUUGAAGGUCGAACGGUAUACUCCGCCGGAAGCGACAUGCGGGGCGAUGGGAAUGCUGCACCGUUACUGUGA